CCAUCUGUAAUUGAGUUUGUUGUUAGAUAAUGGUGCCGACGUUUUCCUAAAAAAUAAGGAAAACAAGUCACCACUUCACCUUGCACUCUACAAUUGUGGAGAAGAGUUUGGUUCAGAAGUAAGUGUUAUGUUGGACAAGGGAACUAUGUUGAACUUUAAGGACAGAGACACAAACAGUCCUCUUCACUUUGCUGUUUCAAAUGGGGAUUACGAUCUGGUCAAAGCAUUGAUAGAUAAUGGAGCUUGUUUGAACUCAAAAAACAACAAAUUACAAAGUCCUCUCCACAUUGCUGUUUCAAGAUCAUUUCAACAAGUAGUUCAACUACUGUUAGAGAAAGAAGCAAGUGUGAAUGACAGGGAUGUUGAAAACAGAACACCCCUUCAUUUGGCUGUCUUAGCAAACAAUAAGACUUUGGUUGAAGCAUUAAUUGAUAAAGGAGGAGAUGUAAAUAAAAAAGACAAUCGAGGAAGUACUCCUCUUCAUUAUGCAAUUUCAAGUAAAAAUCUGGAAGUAACAGAAAUUCUUUUACUAAAUCGGUCAAAUGUAAACCUUAGAGAUAAGUGUUACAGAACACCACUUCAUUUAGCAAUAUUGUACCGGUUUUUUGCUGGACUUGAUCCUUUAUUUACCUAUGGAGCUAAAGUAAAUUUGAUGGACAAGAGAAGAAACACACCUCUCCAUUAUGCAGCUAAGUGUGGAUCAGAGUCAUUGUCAAGAAAACUCUUAGAGAGAGGAGCUUUAGUUGAUAUUCAAGACUCAAAAGGAAGAACUCCUCUCCACGUGGUUAUUCAAUACUGUAUGUGGACAGGAGAUGACUGUGCUAAAGUAUUGCUUGAUUAUGGGGCUACCAUGGAUAUAAAAGAUUAUAGAGGGAAAACACCACUAGAUUAUGGAGAGGAUUGUAUUAAUCUGCCAAAUAUUUUUUCAGAAUUUAUCAUCAAAGCUGAAUGUGCUAAUUUAGAACUAUAUUUGAAUAAAGAAGUUGUGUCAGACCUCAUCAAAUCUAAUGAUAGACCACUUGGUUCAUUUCAAACCACAUGCUUAACAGAACUGAAGCACAUGAAAACAAAGAAAAUUGGUAGCAAUAAUCUCUAUGAUGUGUUUUCCCAAUACAGGGAUCCUAAAUUUGUUAUGAAACAAUCCAUGGAAGAAGCAGUAUACUCUCCUAAUUUGGAUGUAGAGUUUCCUUUGUAUGCCCAGCUUUUAAGAGUAACAUUUGAGAGAGCAAAAGCUAGGCAUAAACUGUUAGAUUUAGCAGUAGAAAAUGUGAGUGCUAAAAUUGAUAUAACAUUGCCAAAUGAGGUGAAAAGACAUAUUAUGUCUUAUUUAAGUGACCGAGAAUUGAAAAGUUUAUUGCACAAAUAAGUGCACGUUAAAAUUUCAUAUAACUACAUGCUAUUGUGGAAAGAUGCUGAAAAUUUGAAAAUUCUUUGUAUAGCAAGUAACUUGUGGACUAUUUCUUUCAAAUAAAACUGUGUCUUAACAUGUUAACAAGAAUGGCACAACAAAUGAAAAGUACGAUGUACCUUUGAAAUU